CAUUCAGUAUUACUCAAACCGGUCACCAGCGAGCACGCGCGUUCUUUCGCUCAUUCGCAGGUCGCGCGCACCAACGCCUCGGGAGAAACUCGUUUGUCGUGUCACUUUCGUGCGCCCGAGUCCAAAGUUCACAGAGUUUUAAUUUCGGCUGUUCUACCGAACGUACCGAACGUGAAAAAACAGUGAUAAGAUUUUGUUUUCUGCACUCUCACUUGUCAUGCAAAUCGGUGGAAGACUUGCCGCGAGGCUUAUCGCCGCAGAACGUAGCAUCUUCGUCGCAGGCUCUUAUCACCGGUUCGGGGGCGUCUUAUCAAGGCUUGGCCCGCAUUCCAGCCAGGGACGCCAACCCUUCCACACAGCGACGCUACAAUCCCUUCGAAAGGCGGUCAGUGUCGACGCUCUGCGGCAGGUUAGCGGGUCAAUCAAGUCGGCUUAUCAACCGGCGAGCAGUCGCAACUUAACCGUUGAACUCGUCGACGGUCAGCGGUACGAGUUCCCGCUGGUUUGGCUGCGGGACAACUGUCAGUGUCCGGAUUGCUUCCACCCGGGCUCGUACAGUCGCGUGAUCAACUGGGAACGGUUCGAUCCGGAGGCGGCCGUCAUCCGGGAGUGCGCCGUGUCCGACGAUGGCAACCUGGUGGACAUUACGUGGCACGAUGGUCACCGAUCGCAGUUUAACGCCAGCUGGCUAAGCAAACGUAACUUUACCCAACAAAACACCGAGCAAUAUCUGGAAGAGUGGUACCGACCGAAGCCCAGACUGUGGAAGAGGACUGAGUUCGGGGAGGUGCUUAAAAGUUUUGAGUUUGACGAUGUUAUUGGCCGGGAUGAGGCGUUGCAGGCGUGGAUCGAAGCGUUGAUUCGGUACGGCGUUGUGAUGAUCAGGAAUGCGCCGCUGACGGAGCAGGAGUGCAGGAAGUUGGCGAACCGGGUUGGGUUCAUCAGGAAGACGCAUUAUGGCGAGGAGUUCGUCGUUGCAAACAAGGAAAACACCACGAACGUCGCGUACCUGUCGACCCCGCUCCAGAUGCACACCGACCUGCCCUAUUACGACUACAAACCGGGCUGCAACCUGCUGCACUGUCUGGUCCAAUCCGCCUCCACCGGGGGACAAAAUCUCAUCGCCGAUGCGUUUUGGGUGGCGGACCACAUGCGCCGGGAACAUCCGGAGGACUUUCGCCUGUUGAGUGAAACGCUGGUCAACUGGACCGACGUCGGGGUGGACGAGGGGGGUGAAUUUCAUAGCAUCUACCGGGCGCCGGUUAUUUGCCUUGAUCGCGAGGGAAAGUUGGAACGAAUCAAUCAUAGUGUGCCACAGCGGGACAGCUUCUUCAACGUGCCACUGGAUCGGGUUGAGCCGUGGUACCGCGCCAUGGCACGCUUUGUGCAACUUUUACACCAGGAGGCGGUGGAGUUCAAGACGAUGCCGGGGGAUAUUUUGACGUUCAGUAAUAUCAGGAUGGUGCAUGGAAGAACUGGAUACACGGAUACGGAGGGAAACAUGCGGCACAUUGUCGGAGCAUACUUGGAUUGGGACGAGAUUUAUUCGCGAUUAAGAGUGUUAAAAGGAAAGAAAUAGGAAUAAAUAAUUUAUUUUCUCGUUUCGUCACCGAGGUGAUAUUAUUUAAUAUUGAUAGGUAUUCAUAUAUUUUUCGAUUUUUAAAUAAAGAUUGAAGUGAUGGUGAUC